CACAUGUCAUUGAAAUUCUCACGAUGACAAUGCUCUUUGAGAAUAAUAAAGUGUUUUAGUGAAAAUAUGGCUGGCGCAAUGUUGUUUGAAAGAGCUCAGUCCGUACCUUCUCAACAUGAUAAACUGUUAAAUUUAAAAAGAAAUGAAGAUGACGAUGAUCAGAACAUCGUUAAUAAAGAACAGGACAUCCUCAACCUCGGCGAAAAGUACAAGAAAGAGGGUAAGGCUAAAGAACUGGCGGAAUUGAUAAAGGCUACUCGUCCGUUUCUCAGCAUUAUAAGCAAGGCGAAAGCUGCGAAAUUGGUCAGGUCUCUUGUCGAUUAUUUCCUAGAUUUGGAAGCAGGUAUCGGAAUAGAAGUCCAACUGUGUAAAGAAUGUAUAGAGUGGGCAAAAGAAGAGAAAAGGACCUUUCUUCGUCAGUCUUUGGAAGCGCGAUUGAUAGCCUUGUAUUUCGAUACUGGUAUGUAUGCCGAGGCUCUGAUUCUGGAAUCCACCUUGUUGAAAGAAUUGAAAAAGUUGGAUGACAAAAAUUUACUGGUAGAAGUACAGUUGCUUGAAAGUAAGACAUAUCAUGCUUUGAGUAACCUGCCCAAGGCUCGUGCUGCAUUAACUUCAGCUCGUACAACAGCCAAUUCCAUCUAUUGCCCUCCUAAGAUGCAAGCUGCGCUUGACCUUCAGUCUGGAGUUCUGCAUGCAGCUGAUGAAAAAGACUUCAAAACUGCCUAUUCAUACUUUUAUGAGGCAUUUGAAGGGUUUGACAGCGUAGAAUCACCAAAAGCGUUGACAGCUUUGAAAUAUAUGCUUCUUUCAAAAAUUAUGAUCAACAGUCCGGAAGAUGUACAACAAAUUGUAAGCGGGAAAUUAGCCAUCAGAUAUGCUGGUCAAGACAUAGAAGCAAUGAAAGCUGUUGCACGAGCUUCUCACAAGAGAUCCUUGGCAGAUUUUCAGUUAGCGGUGAAGCAGUUCAAACAUGAACUAGAGGAUGAUGUUAUCGUCAGAGCCCAUUUAGGAACUUUGUAUGAUAAUAUGUUGGAACAAAAUCUGUGCAGGAUUAUAGAACCAUAUUCCAGAGUACAGGUGGACUAUGUUGCAAAAACAAUCAAACUUCCAAUGUUACAAGUGGAAAAGAAGCUCUCGCAGAUGAUUCUUGAUGCUAAAUUUCAUGGGAUAUUGGAUCAAGGAGAAGGUGUUCUAAUAGUUUUUGAAGCAACUCCAGUAGACAAAACAUAUGAAAUGGCCCUAGAAACAAUACAAAGCAUGAGUAAAGUAGUAGAUACCCUAUAUCAAAAAGCUAAAAAGCUGUCAUAGGUUUGACACAACUAAUAUAAAACUAUUAAAAUUACUGUAUUUUGAUCUUUCAUAAAUUUUCUCUGUUUGGUAAUAUUACAGUUUAAUAUAAUUAUAAUGUUUUUUUGGAAUAUAAACUAACUAAAUUCU